UGUGUGUGUGUGUGUGUGCGCGGCUUUGUCCAUUCAUUCUUGUAAAUGUCAAGGGUUUAAGACGGUUUGCGGCCAUUGCUAUUGAAACAUCUUUAAUAGUCAUAAUCUGGGGGAAAAACAAAAUGAUUGUGAUGUGUUUAACUUAAUUACAUCUUUGAAUGAAGGCUGUUCUGCUUAAAUUCACCUGAAGUGUACAAACAGAGACACCCUUUACUUGAACAAUAAAGGUCAUUCAGCUCAUGCCUCAGCUCAUCAACAUGCUGCAGACAGAGGCAGCAUCCUUACAUUGUGUCAGCAUUUAAUGGAAGCAGGCUUUUACAAUAAAUAUGAACUUAAAAAAGAGGUUCUUGUAUUUCAUUAAAAAUGUAGUUUUCAAGUUUUUGUUCAGGCACUUUACCACAGUAACAUAACGUCACAUUUGGUUCUCAGGUUACAAGGAGACAAUUCGAAAGUAAAGUGAAAAACUAAAUUGCUUUAAAAAUCUCUCUUACGUCAAUUAUCACAUUGGUACAUACAAACCGCACUGAAUGCAGCGUCAAGCUAAAGGGAGAGAAUCGCCAAGAGCCCCGGAAGUAACGAUUAUUCGUGUAAAAUUAUCAUUUUAAUUGUAAUAUGUUUUAUUUUGAGAAGUUAAUGUGAAGAAACAGACAAAUAAUUAAAAAAUAACGUUUUUCGAUGUCGUGGGUGACUGGUGAAAGCCGCAGAGCGAAGCGUGGCUCAGUUGCGCUUUUAUUUUGACAGGUACACCCGGAACCUCGUCACUUUUUGUGGGUGCCAUGACGGGCAUUUCCAGCCCAGCGUGGUGGAGGAGAGGAUGUGGGUAUGCUGACAUCUGCAAGGCAGAAGUUUAACUGGAAGGAGACGAACAGCGAGGCCAGCGGAUCCAACCCCGAGACAUGUAAUCAGCCGCUGAAGAGCUUUGUGUCCUGAAGGGCACUCACAACCGCCAUGAGGGGCCGAUUCUCCCGCAGACUGGGGGUACUGGCCAAGGCCGGGUUCCUGCUGUGGCUGCUGUGGCUGGGCUACCUGCUCCUCGCGCGCUUCUCCUUCCACCGCGACGAGGCGGACGAUCUGGACCUGAGGCGGCUGUCCAUCGAGGAGGCGGGGGAGGAGGGGCAGCUGGGGAGGCCCGUCUACGUUAAGCCGCCGGCGGACAGCAACGCGCCGGGGGAGUGGGGCCGCGCCACGCACCUCAACCUCAGCCCUGAGGAAAAGAAGCAGGAGCAGGACGCCAUAGAGCGCUACGCCAUCAACAUCUACGUCAGUGACAGGAUUUCCCUCCACCGACACAUCCAGGACCACAGGAUGACUGAAUGCCGAAGCAAGAGGUUUGACUACCGCCGGCUACCUACCACCUCUGUGAUCAUAGCCUUCUACAACGAGGCCUGGUCGACCCUGCUGAGGACCAUUCACAGCGUUCUGGAGACCACGCCUGCCGUCCUGUUGAAAGAAAUCAUCCUCAUCGAUGACUUCAGUGACAGAGGCUACCUGAAAUCCCAGCUCGCUGACUACAUCAGCAAGCUGCAACGCGUGCGCCUCAUCCGCACCAACAAGCGAGAGGGGCUGGUCCGAGCGCGGCUCAUCGGGGCCACCUUCGCCACGGGGGACGUGCUGACCUUUCUGGAUUGCCACUGUGAGUGCGUCCCCGGCUGGAUCGAGCCUCUGCUGGAACGGAUCGCCGAGAACGCCAGCACCAUCGUGUGCCCCGUCAUCGACACCAUCGACUGGAACACCUUCGAGUUUUACAUGCAAACGGACGAUCCGAUGAUCGGCGGCUUCGACUGGAGGCUCACCUUCCAGUGGCACUCGGUUCCGGAGGUGGAGCGCAAGAGACGCAAGUCGCGCAUUGACCCCAUCAGGUCUCCUACAAUGGCAGGCGGGCUGUUUGCUGUGAGCAAGGCCUACUUCGAGUACCUUGGCACAUACGACAUGGGCAUGGAGGUUUGGGGAGGCGAAAACCUAGAGCUCUCCUUCAGAGUGUGGCAGUGCGGGGGCAGCUUGGAGAUCCACCCCUGCUCCCACGUGGGACACGUCUUCCCCAAGAAGGCCCCGUACGCGCGGCCCAACUUCCUCCAGAACACUGUGCGAGCCGCAGAGGUCUGGAUGGACUCUUACAAACAGCACUUCUACAACAGGAAUCCACCAGCCAAAAAGGAGUCGUACGGGGACAUCUCAGAGCGACUGCUGCUGAGGAACAGGCUGAAGUGCAACACUUUUGACUGGUACCUGAAAAAUAUCUACCCUGACCUCCAUGUACCGGAGGACAGCGAGGGCUGGCAUGGGGCUGUGCGCAGCUCGGGGAUCCAUUCAGAAUGUCUGGACUACAACGCCCCGGAGCACAGUCCCACCGGUGCCCACCUCUCUCUGUUCGGCUGCCACGGCCAGGGAGGCAACCAGUACUUCGAAUACACGUCAAAGAAGGAGAUCCGAUUCAACUCGGUGACAGAGCUGUGCGCUGAAGUACCUGAGGGACAGACCUUCAUUGGGAUGAGACACUGCCCUCGUGACGGGGACGUCAGGCCGCCCACUAUCAUCUGGGAGUUCAGAGAGGACGGAAUCAUCCACCACCCUCACACGGACAUGUGCGUGACGGCCUACCGCACGGCCGAGGGCCGCACGGACGUGCAGAUGAGGCCCUGCAGCCCAGGAGACAAGGCCCAGCGGUGGAGGUUCGAAUGGUAGGAGGAGGGGGAGGAGAUUAGCAGGGGACCUCAAGUGACCUUAUUCGCCCAUCGUGCAAUUACAUCAGUGGACAUCGUCUCUGCCGCCGCCGCCGCUAAUUUUCUGGUCCUCCAGGAGCGCUCCGUAGGAGUGGGCGCGAUGGGAAAUCAGUGAAGCCAAGUGCGAAAUGUGUCAGAGCGAGUGAGAGCUGCAGGAUGAGGUUUAUCUGAUCAGCUAAACUCCACACUUUUACUUUUGUGACGCUUUCAUCCAAGUGCCUCUGCAACCAAAAUGGACUCCAGCACACCUCAAGUCAACUUCAAGGAAAAGUAAAUGGAGGCUCUACAACACAUGAAGAAGUGCCUUUUUAAAAAAAGACUUUUAAUCCAAAACUGAACGCAAACUUGUGCUGCAUUAGAGUAAAUCAUAUAUAAUAUACUUUUAGUGGACAGCGUACAAGCAGUUGCUCAUAGAGCUCGUCAGGAAUGUGAGGUGUGCAGCGUUUCGCCCCGACACCAGCGACAUCCUGGAGGAAGUGCUGCAGGCGUUCAAGUGGCUCGUCACUUCCCCGUCGUUUCUGCGGCGCCGGUGUCGCGGUACAACGCGGCCUGAAUGAGACCUGAAGCGUUCGUUAAGCAUUCCUACUGAGCAUCCGUGAGUUGACAGGCGCGUUGUGGCCUAUUCUCGCCCGCUGUGUGUACUGAGCACACCCUACGAACUCACCUGUUGCUGCGCCUUCAAAAGGUUGUCAUCGUAGGAAAUAAGUUAUUUGUGCCCAAAUGGAAUGUGCCAGUGGUUGUCAGACGCAUUUUAAGCAUUUUAAAUGCAAAAAUCUAACUGUGGAAGUGAUGCACUUGAUAUUAUUUAGUCACACAAAGCCUUAAACGGAGCGGCUUAUUUUACCUCUUUAACUUGGCUGUGCCAGGCUCUUUUAUUAAGACUCCAGCGUGUAAUCAGUACUUGAAGUGACUAAUGAUCAAAACACUCCACUUUCUUUCCACUGAAGACCUCGUUGGCGUUUCCACUGCGAUGUAAUGACCAAGAGAUGCAGUGUUGCUGCUGUUAAACUGUCUAAUAGCAUCUAUACUUGUCGAAGACUGCUUAUCAAUGAGCAAUGUUUGUUAAAUAGGAAGCUGAAAUGGGACAUGUCAAGAUUAUUUGUUUUUUGUGUUGCCUUUGGAAUUAUUAUUUGGUUUGAGGGACCAGAAACUACUGAUAAUGUAAAAGGGAUGACGGCGAUAAUGUCACUGGACAUGAAGUAGAGGGUGGAUAAAAUAGGAUGAAUGAAUGCUGCUGGGAUGAUUGAAGAAUAAAAACCUAACCACCUACA